UAGUAAAAAUGAAAAUUAAAAAAGCUUUGCUUUUAAUAAAUUUAAUAAUUUUAUUAUGCAAAAAUAGUCAAGAAGCAAGCCGUAACGAAUUAUUAGCUAUAGUAGCAGCUGAGGAAUAUGAAGAAAUAUUAACUACAGCUAAGGAUUAUAUAGAAUUUAUUGAAAAUUUUGAAGAGGGAAAUGAGGAAUUAUUAGGAGGAUUCUUAAUUAAAAUAAUUUCAAAAUUUUAUAAUUAUUUUAUUGAAAUGUUUAAAAUACGCCCUUCAAAUAAUUCUGCCUAUCAAGUUUAUAAAUAUGUUUUUGGAAAUGAUGAAGGGUGGAAUGAAGGGGUUGGAAGUGUUAUUAAUAAAUAUAUUUUUAAAGCAAAAUUGGUGGAGGGUAAAUUAAAGUGCUUGGAAGAUGAAAAGAAAAAAUUUUGUGAGAUACACAAUUUAAUUGAUGAAUUUGUUAAGGAUGAGGAGAUUUUGAAGAAUAAAGUGUGCAAAGAUAAAUUAAUGACAACAUUUAGAUUGAUGAGACAUGAUGAAAAAUCAACCCAUCGAAAUAUUAACUGCAACAAUGAACAAGAUGUUGAAUUACUUAUCGAAAAAUACCUUUCGCCUUCUUGCAUCAAACAAUUUUAUUCUAUAAAUUUGGGAAAUAUAAAAAUGUUUUUAGACAAAAACAUUGAGGAGUUCUGCAAUUUUAUGGAAAAUCAGAAUCCAUCCAAACGAGCAUUUUUGGGUUUGCUUGGACCCGAAUUGCUAGCUCAGUUGGAAGAAGAAUAUCCGAAAUUGAUGAGAAUAGGCAAGUUUACUUUAAAAAUCACAAUCAUUAAAAUUUGUUUUAUAAUAUUUGACCAUAUUGUCGGGAAAUAA